AUGGACUUCGCCGCCGCCGUCGCUCUCCUCUUCUUCACCUUCACCGCCGCCUUCACCUCCUUCUCCCUCCUCCUCUUCGCCGUCUGCCGCCUCCUCCCCCGCUUCUGCUGCGACUGCCACGUCUGCUCCACCUACCUCUCCGCCACGUGGCGACCCAGCUUCCCCAACCUCUCCGACUGGUUCGCCCACCUCCUCUCCGCCUCCGCCACCUCAACCAUCCGCGUCCACGUCACCCGCAACGUCAUCACCGCCAGCCCGGCCAACGUCCACCACAUCCUCAAGUCCAACUUCCCCAACUACCCCAAAGGCAAGCAGUUCUCCGCCCUCCUCGGCGACCUCCUCGGCCGGGGAAUCUUCAACGCCGACGGCCACCGCUGGCUCUUCCAGCGCAAGAUGGCGUCGCUCGAGCUCGGCAGCGUCUCCGUCCGCGUCUUCGCCUCCGACGUCUUCAACUCCGAGAUCGAAUCCCGACUCGUCCCACUCCUCGCCGACGCCGCCGGCGGCGAGCUCGACAUGCAGGAUGUUUUCCGGCGUUUCGCGUUCGACACGAUCUCAAGAUUCUCCUUCGGGUACGACCCCGGGUGCCUCGAGAUUUCCUUGCCGGAGUCGGAGUUCGCGGCGGCGUUCGACGCCGCGUCGAGGCUGUCGGCGGAGAGGGCGAUGGCGGCGUCACCGGUGGUGUGGCGGGUCAAGCGAUUUUUACGGGUCGGGUCGGAGCGGCGGCUGAGGGAGGCGAUACGGACGGUGGACAGGCUGGCUCAGGAAGUGAUCGACCGUCGCCGGCAGACUGGGUUCGCCGGAAAAAGCGAUCUUUUGUCUCGGUUCAUGGCUGCCGGAGUCGAAGACUCCGGCGGCCGCGACGACGGCUACCUCCGCGACAUUGUGAAGAGCUUCCUUCUCGCCGGACGGGACACGGUGGCGUCCGGGCUGACGAGCUUCUUCUGGCUGACGUCACGGAAUCCGGCCGUGGAGGCGAAAAUAAGAUCGGAAGCGGAGGCGGUUCUCGGCCGCCAUCAGAACGACGCCGUUCCGUCGUUUGCGGAGAUGACGGAAAUGCACUACCUGACGUCAGCGGUCUACGAGACGCUUCGGCUCUUCCCGCCAGUUCAGUUCGACUCGAAGUUCGCGUUAAACGACGACGUUUUGCCCGACGGGACGAUAGUGAGGAAGGGGGACCGGGUGACGUACCACCCGUACGCGAUGGGCCGGAUGGAGUCCAUAUGGGGACCCGACCGCCUGGAAUUCCGACCCGAGCGGUGGCUAAACGACGACGGGUUGUUCGUGCCGCGGAGCCCGUACGAGUACCCGGUUUUCCAGGGCGGGUCGAGGGUCUGCCUAGGGAAGGAGAUGGCGAUCGUGGAGAUGAAGACCGUGAUUCUGGCCGUGAUCCGGCGGUUCAAUGUCCGGGUGGCGGAUCCGGGUCACGAACCGAGGUUUUCGCCCGGUCUGACCGCUACGGUCAGUGGUGGGCUGCGGAUGGUGGUCGAGGAGGUGGUCAAGAGAUAA